GAAUUAUUUAUAUAUACGCCGAAAACUAUCAACUCUUUCCCACUUCUGACUAUUCCCUCAGAAAAAGGGUAGUCAGUGAAGUCUCUAACACAUGUUCUCACAAGUGUUUCCAAAAUUCGUUGCAUAGGUACCUAUCCAUCAAAUACAGGAUAUUAAUUAUUGGACUGAUAAACAGAUUGAUUAAUAAUGGUAACUGAGAAAAAUCUUGAGACCGCUGCAUAUGGUGAAACCAUAAUCACUGAAGGUAGAAAGUUUCCUCAGUUCCUGGCAGCAUUUUUUGCUACUAUCGCCGCUCUUGUUGUGGGUAUAUCUUUGGCGUGGACAUCGCCCACGUUUCCAAUUUACAAGAGAGAAAAUCUUCUAACUACAGAGCAACGAGGAUGGAUCAGCUCCCUUCUGUCAAUUGGUGCCCUAUUUGGGGCACUGACGGCCGGAAUGAUUGUAGACAGAUUUGGAAGAAAGUUGUCGCUGCUGUUGUUGGGCUUUCCAACCCUGGCCGCAUGGGCAUUGCUGUCGUUCUCGACAUCUGUGGACGCGCUGUACGCAGCACGGGCGAUCAUCGGUUACUGCUCGGGUGCCACUUCGGUGGCCGUCAACCUCUACACAUCCGAAAUAGCUGAGAACUCGGUCAGAGGCAAGCUGGGCACAUUCUACCAACUCCAAAUCACCGUCGGCAUUUUGUACACUUACAUUGCAGGUAUUGCCGACAAUGUUCAGAUAAUAUCGAUCAUUUGUGGAGUGACACCGAUAGUGUUUAUGGUGUGCUUUGUAUGGAUGCCCGAGUCUCCAGCGUAUCUCGUGUCGAAGGGCAGAGAUGAAGAAGCGAGACGAGUUCUGCGCUGGCUUCGAGGACCUGACUACCAACAUGAGGUUGAAUUAUCGUUGAUGAAACACUCAAUGGAGCAGCAGAAGAAGAACCAGGCCGGUUUCAUGGACGUGAUCAGUGACAAGGUGAUCUUGAAGGCGUUUGUGCUGUCCCUCGGCAUGAUGGUGUUCCAACAGUUGAGUGGAGUCAACGCGGUCAUAUUCUACAGUGGACAGAUUUUCGAAUCGGCAGGAAGCAGUUUAUCUUCACAAGCGGCAUCCAUUGUUAUCGGCGUUGUUCAAGUCCUAGCCACAUACUGUUCAACACUCCUCGUUGAAAGAACAGGAAGAAGAUUUCUACUCUUGUUGUCAGAUUCUGUUAUGGCUAUAUGUCUGAUUGUCUUGGGAGGCUACUUCCAUUACAAGGAACAAAAUGUCGACCUCUCAACUUGGGGAUGGGUUCCUCUGGUUUCUCUAUCUCUGUUCAUCGUGGUAUUCUCACUUGGAUUUGGACCCAUUCCUUGGAUCAUUAUGGGUGAAAUCGUACCCAGCAAUUUGAAGGGUAUUUCGAGUUCUCUGGGAGCCGGAACUAGCUGGAUUUUGGCAUUUGUGGUGACUAAAUAUUUCGAGAAUCUUGAACUGGCGUUUGGGAGUGCGGGCACAUUCUGGCUGUUUGCUGGCAUUUGCGUUGUAGGCACUCUGUUCGUUUACACUCUUCUACCCGAAACUAAAGGCAAAGACAUUGAAACCAUACUGGAUGAGUUGGGCGGCAAGAAGCCUGAACUACAGCUUUAUGACACCAAGAACUGAACUGUUUUCCAUUUUUCUAUUUUUUAAAAGUAUUAUUUGUUGUAUACAAUUUAAAAAUAUAUUUAUUUGAUUAAAGAUAUUGAGUACUUGUGCAUUCAAAUUUAAUUUGUGCAUAAGUAUCGAUUUUUCACUCAA